AUGGCUCAGUCAUUCUUGAAAAGCUACUUUGGCCGUGGAGGCGCCCCCGCCCCUGCCCCUGACACCAAGAGCGCCAUCCGAGCCCUCCCAGCCUCAUGGUACACCUCCCAGGAGAUGUACGAUCUUGAAAAGCGGGCCAUCUUCUCUAGAAAGUGGCUUCUCACCACCCACAAGGCUAGACUCCCCAACAACGGAGACUGGCUAAAGUACGAGGUGGCCAACUUCGAGUUCAUCAUCUGCAAGGACCGUGACGGCAACAUCAACGCCUUCCACAACAUCUGCCGCCACCGUGCCUUCCCUGUCCUCCCCCCUGAGAAGGGUGACCAGGGCAACGCCAGCUUCUUUGCUUGCAAGUAUCACGGCUGGUCCUACGGCCUCAAUGGCAAGCUCGCCAAGGCUCCCGGCUACCAAGACCUCGAGGGCUUUGACAAGUCCAAGAACGGUCUGCUUCCCAUCCACGUCCACGUUGAUGUUCGAGGCUUCAUCUGGGUCAACAUGGAUGGCAAGGAGAAGCCUGAGAUCGCCUGGAGCGACGACUUUGACAACAUCGAUGCUCAUGAGCGCUUCUCCUUCUACAACUUUGAGGACUACGCCUUUGACCACACCUGGGAGAUGGAGGGCGACUACAACUGGAAGAUCCUUGCCGACAACUACAACGAGUGCUACCACUGCAAGGUUGCCCACCCUGACAUCCCCUCCAUCGCCGACCUCAACUCGUACUAUGUUGAGACCAAGAAGGCGUACAUCCAGCACUUUGGCAGCCCUACAGAAGACCAGAUCAAGAGGGGAUUCCGAGUUGCUGCUACCUACUACUUCCCUAAUGCUUCCACCAACGUCUCUCCUCACUUCUUCAUGAUCCAGCGCUUUGUGCCCAAGAGCCCCAGCAAGUCCAUCAUGAGGUACGAGGUGUUCCGCAACAAGAACUCCAGCGACGAGGACUUCACCGUCAUCAGCGACAUGUACAAGCGCAUCAUGUCCGAGGACAAGUACCUCUGCGCCAACGCCCAGCGCAACGUCAAUGCUGGCGUCUUUGUCAACGGCGAGAUGCACCCCGAGAUGGAGCAGGGACCCCUGUUCUUCCAGCAGAAGGUCCGCGAGGCCCUGCAGGAGCACCACAAGAAGGAGAUCUCGGCGGACCAGGAGAUCUGGCCCGCUCGGCAGUCCAUCCCCCAGACCGCUGCGAACCCCAAUGUGGAGAACGAUGUCCAGUUCUGCUCGGCUGUCGACUGCUGCAGGAAUCAGAAGCAGCCCAUCGCCGUUUAA